ACGCCCAUGGUUUGUUGUUCUCCUUCCAAACCACUUCCAAAUCAUUUAACUGUGAAUAUCUUUCCUUUUCUGGAAUAGUGCCGACCAACAAAUUCUACAAUAAUUCGAUAAUGGAACGGCAACCUGCAAAGUAUGAAUCUAUUUAUCCAAAUCUCUUUCUUAUUCUGAACACAUUAUUGAAUUACAAUGAAGAAUGUAGAAUAUUAUGAUGUCUGCGCAAGGAAUAUAUAGCUAGAAUAUUACUAACUGACUGUGCAUAUGGCAAUGGCCGUGUAUCGGAUUUGAUGAAGUGCAAUUCGAUGGAAAUGCCAGCACGGCGAUCUAAUUACUCUCUAUUAAGCCAAAAUCCCGACGAUCCGUUCUAUCCACAGCCACUAUCCACGGCAGCCUUUGGUUGGGACGCGAUUGAUCAGAGAAUGAUUUCAGCGCCGCCGCAGAAGCAGUCGAGCGGGAGCAGCUUCGGCGAGAGCUCGUUAUCGGGGGAUUAUUAUGCGCCAUCGCUCUCCAACCCCGACGUCGGUAUGACUAGUAAUUUGGGUGAUGGAGCUGGCGAAUUCAGGGCUUCUGGCUCUUCGAAAACCUGGGCUCAGCAGACGGAGGAGAGCUACCAGUUGCAGUUCGCUUUGGCUCUGCGUCUCUCGUCGGAGGCUACAUGUGCUGAUGAUCCUAAUUUGUUGCAUCCUGUGCCUGACGAAGCCGUCUCCAUUGCUUCUUCCUCGGUGGACUCGAUUUCUCAUCGAUAUUGGAUAAAUGGUUGCUUGUCAUACUUCGAUCGAAUACCUGAUGGAUUUUAUAUGAUUCAUGGGAUGAAUCCAUAUGUUUGGACUGUGUGCUCUGAUCAUCAGGAAAGUGGCCGCAUUCCUUCCCUUGAAUCAUUAAGGACUGUUGAUCCUGCCUGUGUUUCUUCAGUUGAAGUGAUUUCAGUAGACCGACGAGGUGAUCCUAGCUUGAAAGAACUGCAAAAUCGAACUAAUAGCUUGUCAUCUAGUUGCAUCACCACAAAGGAAGUUGUUGAACAGCUAGCAAAGCUAGUUUGUAAUCAUAUGGGGGAUGCAGCCUCUAACGGGGAAGAUAACUUGGUCACCCCUUGGAAAGAGUGCAUUGAUGAGUUAAAAGAUUGCAUGGGUUCAGUAGUUCUCUCUGUUGGCAGUCUUCUGUCUAUAGGACUUUGCCGACAUCGCACACUGCUAUUCAAAGUUUUAGCUGAUGGUAUUGGGUUACCAUGUCGAAUUGCAAGGGGGUGUAAAUAUUGUACUAGAGAAAAUGCUUCGUCGUGCCUUGUUCGCUUUGGGCUUGACAGGGAGUAUCUUGUCGAUUUAGUUGAGAAACAAGGGUGCUUAUAUGAGCCUGAUUCCUUACUGAACGGUCCUUCUACUAUCUCAAUUUCAUCACCUUUACGCUUUCCACAAUUUAGGCAGGUGGAACCUCCAACUGAUUUUAGGCUGCUGGCCAAAAAGUUCUUCUCGGAGAUUCAGUUUCUUAAUUCUGAAUUCUGUGAGUUUUUAGCAGCUGGAACUGUUAAUAAGGGAGGUACUGACAACUCAAUGCUUCAUAAACAAUCAGAGGGGGACUACAUGGAUAGGAGCAGCUGCCCGCCCAGCUCAACCUCUCACGAGGAUAUUUCUAUCACACCACAAUAUGCCACAAAUUCUUGGAUCAAGGUUCACGGUCAAGACCAAUUGCUUUCCAGACCAUCCGACUUUCAGGAAGUUAUGAGCUCCUCAAAUACGUUCUCAGAAUCGAUCCCUAGGAAGCUUCUUCCCCAAUCAGGGCAUGGAAAUGCUCAAGUUGUUCCCUUCAUGAAUCCAAGAAUAGAAACAAGUAAAAAUGCAAGGUUUGGUGAAGGAGGUCGAUUAUUCCCAUGUAAAUCAGGGGAAUAUACCUUUUAUGUGGAUGAUCUAAACAUUCCAUGGAGUGAUCUUGUUGUAAAUGAGAUAAUUGGGGCAGGUUCAUUCGGAACAGUUCAUCGUGCUGAGUGGAAUCGAUGUGAUGUUGCUGUAAAAAUUAUCAUGGAACAAGACUUUCAUGCAGAGCGAUUCAAAGAGUUUAUACGAGAGGUGGCAAUUAUGAAACGACUGAGGCAUCCAAAUAUUGUGCUUUUUAUGGGUGCAGUAACAGAACCACCUAACUUGUCUAUAGUUACAGAAUAUUUGUCAAGAGGUAGUCUUUACAGACUUUUGCAUAAACCUGGUGCAAGAGAGGUACUAGAUGAGAAACGCCGCCUGAGCAUGGCUUGUGAUGUGGCGAAAGGGAUGAACUAUCUUCACAAACGCAAUCCUCCAGUUGUUCAUCGAGACCUAAAAUCUCCUAAUCUUUUAGUUGAUAAAAAGUAUACUGUGAAGGUCUGUGAUUUUGGUCUUUCCCGUUUAAAAGCAAACACAUUUCUUUCAUCCAAGUCUGCUGCUGGAACUCCUGAGUGGAUGGCUCCUGAAGUGCUCCGUGAUGAACCAUCGAAUGAAAAAUCAGAUGUAUACAGUUUUGGUGUUAUUUUAUGGGAGCUGGCAACAUUGCAGCAACCUUGGGGUAACCUGAAGCCUGCACAGGUUGUGGCAGCUGUUGGUUUUAAAGGAAAAAGGCUUGAAAUUCCCCGAGAUGUGAAUCCUGAAGUAGCAGCCAUUAUCGAGGCUUGCUGGGCCAAGGAAUCCUGGAAAAGACCCUCAUUUUCCAGUAUCAUGGAAUCAUUGAGGCCAUUUAUUAAGAACUCAGCACUAACUCAGCCAGCAUCUGCUGAAAUGCCGUCGCUGAUGUGAAAUUGUACGAAUCGAGGAAACUUGGUUUGAUUUCAGAUUGGGAGAAUCUCAUAUGAUGUAAGGACCCAAUGUAAAUAUUAAUUGGCAUGCGGAGAGCUGAAUUUUUACACUUGGAAAACAUCAUUCAAAAUGAAAAUGUGAUAAUCCGCAUCUUAUUUUCAAGUCAAGUGCAUUUUCUUUUUUGGCUGUGUAAUUGUUAAUGCCAAUUGGCAAAUGUAUGUGUUUAUAUAUAAAGUUAAGACACCAAAAGGUAUAAGUAAACAUGUAUUGGUUUAGGGUCUAUUGUGUCACCUAUAUUGUACAUCAGCAGGCUAAUUGUUAAUAGGAGAUUCGUCAUCCAACCAUUCCUUGAUGUCUGAA